AGCAGGUGGGGACGGUUGGCUUAUUUCUUUAUUUUGGUGUGACUGCUGCAGCUCGCGGGCUCAUGCCACUUCGUGUGGUUGAACUGCAGCGGGUUUCGGUCCAGGUCCAGGUCCGGGUGUGAACCCUGUCUGUGCGGCUCCCUCUCGAGAUGUCGUCGGCCGAAUAUGACGGAACCUUCAGCCAGCUCAAUAAGUUUGAGAAGCUGUCGUGGAGGCCCUCGAUCCGCGACUCAGGCUCCAAGAAGCGGGCACGGUGGCUUCAGGCUCGGCGCAUCUUCUCCCCUUCCUGCCCCAACCUGCGGAUCCCCAACAGGUUUCUGAGAGAAGGACACUGUGUACCUCCUGCCCGUAGCGGCCACCGCUGUGUUGCAGACAGCACCAACCUGUACGUGUUUGGAGGCUACAACCCAGACUUUGAGGAGGCAGGCGGGUCAGAGAAUGAAGACUACCCUCUCUUCAGGGAGCUUUGGCGGUUCCAUUUUGCCACAGCCACCUGGCAGCAGGUUCGCCCAGAGGGUUACAUGCCCACAGAGCUGGCCUCCAUGUCAGCUGUCUUACAUGGCAACAACUUGCUUGUAUUUGGUGGCACUGGGAUUCCAUUUGGUGAAAACAACGGCAAUGACGUUCAUGUUUGUAACGUUCAGUACAAACGAUGGAACCUGCUCAACUGUAGAGGGAAGAAACCCAACAAGAUCUACGGACAGGCGAUGGUCAUCAUAAAUGGCUACCUCUAUGUGUUUGGCGGGACAACAGGCUACCUUUACAGCACCGACCUGCACAGGCUGGACCUGACCACAAGAGAGUGGACCCACCUCAAACCCAGCAACGCACCCUCAGAUCUACCUGAGGAGAGGUACAGACAUGAACUAGCUCACGAUGGACAGAGAAUAUAUAUUUUAGGAGGUGGGACCUCCUGGACGUCAUAUCCUCUGGACAAGAUCCACGCAUAUAACUUGGAGACAAAUUACUGGGAAGAAAUAGUCACCAAACCCCAUGAAAAAAUAGGAUAUCCUGCUGCCCGCCGUUGUCACAGCUGUGUGCAGGUCAAGGAUGAGGUGUUUAUAUGUGGAGGAUAUAACGGUGAGACGAUCCUAUCUGACCUGUGGAAGAUCAACUUGCAGACUUUCCAGUGGACCAAACUUCCUGCCGCCAUGCCAGAACCAGCUUACUUUCACUGUGCAGCAGUUACUCCGGCUGGCUGCAUGUACGUCCACGGUGGUGUCGUCAACAUGUCUGGGAACAGACGGACUGGCUCUUUGUACAAAGUGUGGUUGGUGGUGCCCAGCCUGCUGGAACUGACCUGGGAGAAACUGCUGAAAACGUUCCCUCACUUAGCCCAGCUGUCCACCCUUCAGCUGCUCAGCCUAGGACUGACGCACACACUAAUUCAGCGUCUCAAAUAGACGCAGCACAGAGACUGAAGGAAGCGGUGUGUGAUGGAACAGCACUGACUCUCAAAUCACUGAUGACUUGGCAAACGAGUUCUCGAAAUGACAAAAACGUCUGAUGUCAAACGAUUAUGAAAAACUUUGAAUGCCUUUUAACUUUAGUUUUAUGUAAAUGUGCGUGCUUUUUUUAAAGGGAUACUUCACCACAAAAUGACCAUUUGUGUAUCAGUUACUCACAGCGUGUGUUGAAUUUGUGGAGGAAACUUUGUGUUUCUCACAUGCCUCCACGGUGAACAGAGAAUCCAGAAAAGAUGGUGGUGAGUGACUGAUACACAGCUGGCCAUUUUGCAUGUGAUGUAUUCUUCUAAAAAAAAUGUUUUGAGUUUGCAUGUAUCCAUCAGAAGCCAUGCAUCAGUGCGGACACCAAAAUCACUUUUACUUGUGCUUUGCUCUCAUCAUUUUGGGGUCAAUAUGUAGAACAUUCCCUAGUUUUUUGUUUUUUUAACUACACAUCACGGUCACGGAAACUUGUGGAGCAUGAGCAGGAAUAGUUAGACAUUCCAAAGACCUUUAAAAAAGGCUAAUUGAAUGUUGCUUCAGCAAGUGUAAUUUUAGAUUCAAUUCAGAGACUGAGAUGAGCUUGUUUCAGGCCCACUGUGAAGUAGGUUAGAUUAAAAAUGAUCGUCAAACUAUGCUGAUACAAACUCAAAGGGGAAUUGCGCCAAUUCUCUCCUAAAUCCAAGAAGUUUAAGUGCUAAAACUCAAACUUCAGAGGGUGUGAAGUGUGGAGCUGCUCCAUUGACAAUGAAUUGGGAAAUAUGUUCUAGAUGACACUUGAGAAUAGCGGGGGAAAUGUUCUGAGUAUAUGGGUACAUUUUCUGUUUCAGAAUUGAGAACACUACAGUAGAUUAAAGCUUGUUUGGCUAUAAAAAAGUAAACACACAUACUGUGAGUCCUCAAAAUCAGGCUCCCAUUCGUUGUCUGUGGAGCAGCUCCAGACCUAAUACCCUAUGACAUCACAUGUUUGAGACUUCUGUGGUUUCUUGCUUUGAGAGAGAGCAGCUCAUGUCCACAAAUAUUGAUCAAACUUUCCAAGGCCAUGGAAAUAACAUAUUGGAAUUCUGAAUUUAGGUGGCGUUCCCCUUUAAAUUUCCAUCUAGUUAGUCAGAAAUCCGCCAGAUACUCUGAAUAGAGGCACUGCUGACAAAGCAUGGACACAUUGAAACUGUGAUACCUCUUAAAAGUCAAAUUAGGUCAGACAUUUAAAGCAUGUUUUAGUCUUAGGGGCUUUCUGAUGCAUGCUGAUGUUGAGCUGUGAUCAUAGUCAUAUUCAAAAUGUUUGCCUCAGUGGUCACAUUAGCGCCUGAUGAAAACCCAAAGCUUCUUUAAAACACCUGUGACAUGAUGGCAUCACUGUGACUCUUCUAGUGCCUCUUCCUCCAUUCUUCCUCCUCUAGAAGAAACAAGUAAUUUAGAAAUGAAUUUUUACACCUGUAGCUCCACAGUGAUUCUUCAGCCUUUCUUUCCUACAUUUGGUGCCUUCUGAAUUUCCAAAAUGUCACUCGUUACUUUUGCAUCUUUGUAUAUCAGUCUUUUUUUUAAGAUUUUAUUUGUUCAUCACUCUGAACUGUGCACAUGAAGCCUUUUCCCCCCACGUGAUUCACCUGGUGUUCUCUACAUGAGCCUUUCGUCACUGAACCUUUCCGCACAUGAUUUAACAGAAAUCGCUGCUUGCAGCUAAAGAUUUUUCAGACAUUUUUUACCUAUUUAUUUUCAUCACUGUGCUGCUGUUUUAUUUUAUUACAGAACUUUGAAGUGUAGCAGAAGGUGUAGCUACGUUUCUCUUUCACCUGAUGUCAUUUUACCCCAUUUUAUCCUUUUAUACUUUAACGUAGGCUGUAUUGUUAUUUUUACUUUUUUUCCCACAGGACAUUGUGCUGUAAUGCUGUGGUACUUUAAAAACAAGUGGCAUGGGGCUUUUUAAACUAGUGGCAAGGUAGAGUAUGUAAGGCGUACUCAGGAUGUGUUAAUACUGUGAUCACACUCAGUCUGAAGAGCUGCGCAAACACUGACCAGGAUGUCAACAGGCUCGCUCAUUUUUCUGAGGAAUGGCGACAUGACUUUGAUGAAUUUUGCGGUUACUGUGGACUGUAAAUCUUAAAUACUGUAGUAACACUCCCAGCUGCUUGUAUUGAGUCACAUUUGCCUCCUUUCUCACCUGUUUUGUCAAACUUUACCUUGAAUUUGAAUAUUAGCAUUUUAAUUCACACAUGACUAUCGGUAUAAUACUAAGCUGACUCAUCUAUUAUAUUAUAAUGCCUGAUGUUCACAUUCAAAACUCCACCUCAGUUACUUUGUGUUAUGUUUGACAUGUUAUGGCCUUAUUUAUAUCUUACCAUGAAGCAACAGCUUCACUACAUGCUCGGACUCGGUAAAUGUACUACCUUGCUUAAACUGAGAUGUUUAUAUUUGCAUCAUUUUUGAUGUUAAUGAAAGUAAAAAGAUCUCUUUUGCAUGUCGGUACGGUGUGCAUGCCACUUUACAUGAACUCUCGGGAGAAAAGGUGAAUGUCUCCUCAAAAGCAAUUAUGGCUGUACUGUACAUUAUGUUUUGUAAUUCCUGUCUGUACAAACAAUAAAAACACAGCAGCCAGUUUUUCAGAA